GACAAUACAGUCAUUGCUGAAAGCGAAGUUACUCGAAUUGGCUGAAAUUAGUGGAAAUAAACUAUUGUUUCGAAACAAGAAACUGAAGACGGUAUCUGUUGGUAGAAACAGUUCUGUGUCAUUUCCCUCUUCGUUUUCUUUUUUGCUUUAGAAAUAAAGUCUUGAAAAGGAACGACACGAUGUGAUGAUUCAAUGAAGAAACCCUCAGCCAAAAUUGUGAUGGUCUGUUGCAAGGAUCGAGUCGACAAAAUUCUAAUUACGCGUUUCAAUGUAUUUGGUCAAUAUGCUGCGAAUGCGUAGUGAACAUAAUGAGGAGUAAAAUGCCACCGUUUCGAAGGAAAAAGUCUGGAAAAUCUUUCCCCGUUAAAGUCUGUACCUUAGAUGCUGAGCUGGAAUUCAAUUUAGAGUGGAGAUCAACAGGAAGAGAUCUCUUCGAUUUAGUCUGCCGUACAAUAGGAUUGAGGGAAACAUGGUACUUUGGGCUUCAAUACGAAGAUGCUAAAGGAUUCAUAUCUUGGUUGAAACUAGACAAAAAAGUUCAAGAUCAAUGCAUCUCUCAACAACCCACAAUACCAUUUAUGUUCUUGGCAAAAUUUUAUCCAGAAGAUGUUGCAGAAGAACUAGUUCAAGAAGUGACCCAACAUUUAUUUUUUCUUCAAGUAAAACAAGCCAUUCUUUCUAUGGAUAUUUAUUGUCCACCUGAAGCAUCUGUUUUGUUAGCUUCUUAUGCAGUGCAAGCAAAGUAUGGUGACUACGAUGAAGUUUCUUAUCGCCCUGGUAUGCUUGCCAGUGAAGACUUAUUGCCACAGAGGGUUAUAGAUCAGUAUCAGAUGACUCCAGAAAUGUGGGAAGACAGAAUAAAAAUAUGGUAUGCAGACCAUCGAGGGAUGUCAAGAGAUGAAGCUGAAAUGGAGUAUCUUAAGAUUGCUCAAGAUCUCGACAUGUAUGGUGUUAAUUAUUUUCCUAUUAGUAACAAGAAAGAGACUGAUCUUUGGCUGGGAGUCACAGCCCUGGGAUUAAAUAUCUAUGAAAAGGAGAACAAGUUGGCCCCAAAAACUACAUUCACGUGGUCGGAGAUAAGACAUAUUAGCUUUGAUGAUAAGAAGUUCGUAAUUAAGCCGGUGGAGAAGACGUCACCGAACUUCGUGUUCUUCUCGCAGAAAGUUCGCAUGAAUAAACUGAUCCUGGACCUGUGUAUCGGCAAUCACGAUCUAUUUAUGAGGAGACGCAAGCCAGACUCGAUGGAGGUGCAGCAGAUGAAGGCGCAGGCCAAAGAAGAAAAGUCAAGGAGGCAAAUUGAAAGAAAUAAGCUGGCUCGAGAGAAACAACUUAGAGAAGCAGCGGAAAGGGAAAAAGCAGCUAUGGAACAACGACUAUUACAAUAUCAAGAAGAAAUUCGGCUAGCAAACGAAGCACUUAGAAGAUCCGAGGAGACUGCAGACUUGUUGGCUGAGAAAAGUCGUGUUGCUGAAGAAGAAGCAAUGUUGCUAAGUCAGAAAGCUUCAGAAGCAGAACAAGAGAUCACGCGUAUACGAUUGAACAACAUGAAGACAGAAGAGGAGAAAGUUCAUCUAGAGAGGAAGACUAGAGAAGCUGAAUUACUAACUGAAAGAUUAGUACAAGAAUCGGAGAGAAGAGCCGCGGAAGCUGAGAAACUAAAGGAUGAAUUGUUACGUGCACGAAUCGCAGAAAAAGAAGCGAAAGAAAAGUUACUGGAAUUCCUUAGUAGGAAUGCUUACACCGCCACUAUAGCAUCUGUGCCAAAUCUAUUUUCAUCGACGCAAGUACUUCCGUCAGAUUUGCAAGCAGAUCUUCAAACAUUACAACUGGAUACAGAACCGUUGCCAGCUGAUUUGACAUCAUACGACCUAAUCGCCGACGGUGACGUCGACCAAUUAUCCUUAGAAAUUGAGAAAGAGAGAGUAGACUAUUGGGAGAAGAGUAAACACUUGCAAGAACAGUUAAGAGAAUUACGCACAGAGAUUGAGGUGAUGAAAGUCGGGGAGAAACAGUGCGAAUUAGAUCAAUUGCACGAGGAACAGGUGCGACUCGGUGAAAACAAAUAUAGUACGUUGAAAAAAGUGAAGUCUGGAUCAACUAAAGCUAGAGUCGCAUUUUUUGAAGAAUUGUAGUUUAUCUGUAUUUUAAAACGAAUUGACGCUUGUGUGGACGCAACAAGAAAUGAAGUAACAUACGAUCGAGUAUGGAAGCUAUGAGACGUAGAAAUCAUGUAAACACGUGCGUAUGUAUACGUUGUAGAAUACUGGAACGUACGUUUCACCUAUACAUAAUUAUCUGUAUAUUUUGCUUCAUCGUAUGCAUGGUAACAGCUCGAUUUACUUACUAAUUUUAAACGAAGUUAUUAUUAGGCCAUACUUAAGUUUUUUUAUUGAAUGGUAAUCUCAGCAAAACGAUCCCUUUCAUUCAAGCUUGCAGUUUCACUGUACCAUGUGCAUUUGCAUAUUAACUGCAGAGCUAACUUUGAAUUUCAAACAACUUUCUAGAGUACAUGGUAGAUUUUUACAAACGAAAAAGUACAUAUGCAGAAAUCAAAAUCAUAACUAGACUCUCUAGGUAUUACGAAUAUAUAGACCUAAGUAAUUCUUGAAAGCGUCAAUAUCCAUUUUUUUUUCAUACAGAUCUGUUAAAAACUGUGCAAACCGUGUAGAUAAAGUUAAGUCAAUAGAGUAAAGCGAAAACACACACGUGCGUAAUAGAGAAUUUUAUUUUUCUGAAACGUAAAUAUUAUUGGUGAAACUCUAAUGUUUGAUAUCGCAUGUAUUUCUUAAUGCUUCUAUAUUUUUAUAUAAUUUCUUGGUUACACUGGAUUAGCAAUAUUAUAAAGCAUGCAUAGAUACUGUUGCUGUCGAAAAGUGUUAAUACUCUUAGACAUGAAAUUAUUAAAUACAUCUCCAUGUGUCUUUUGCAAUGCAUGAUUGUAAGAGGGUCCAUGGAAAAACGUAUUGAAGCAGCAGUCUAGUCAAACAACUUAUGAAAAUGAACUCUGGCUGUUAACCAGAAUCUCGACUAGAAAUGGCAAUAAAUAUUUCGAUUUGAUUUUUUGUCGCUACACAAGUUUUAUUGAUUUUUAAUAGAAUUCGUUCGUUUCUGUAUUUAUAUAGAUUCUAUAAAAUGAAUAUAUUGCAUCAAAAAAUGUUAAAAUUGACAAAGAAUUUUUUGUUUCUUCUUUUGUAGUAUGGUAUACUGACCGGUGAUAAAAUCAAGUUUGAAAAUGGUAAAGGCAAUACAUGCUUGUACAUCAGUUAUUUUUACAAAAAUAUAUUUUUAAAAAGACUGUCAGCGUUUAUGUAGCUUUUACAUAAAAAUUAAAUAGGUUCUGCCCAAAUUUGUAUUGUUAACGUCUGUAGGAAAGAAUUUAAAACUUAAAAUUUCGAUCAAAAUACAUAAACAUGCAUAUGUAUUGACAUUUUGUUAAGAAAUCUGUGUAUAAAUGUAAAGCGAAAUAUUGUUAACGAUUUCUCCGCCAUGAAACAACAUGCUACGGUAUAAUUAGUUUGAUUAGACUAGAGCAAUAGAACUUUUGUGAAUUAAUUGAAAAAGAAUGUUCCUAUCAAUAUGGUAGAGAACUUAGUGUUCAAGUAUUUUACUAUAAGAGUUUCCAUAUAUUUUUAUAAAAGCAAUAUAAUGAAUUCGUGAAUUUUAAACAUUCGAUGCGAGAAUAAGUAAGUAAAUAAUAAUUUUUUGUAGAAAUAGAAUCUACGUUCCUAGAUAUUUUUAUAAUUACAAUUCAAUGAAAAAUUAUUACAACAAAAAAUAUUUUUCAUAAAUAUUACAUCAAUUUAAUUAAAUAAUUCAGUUAAUUAGAAAAGCAAUACUUUGUAAUAACGUAACUUAUGUGUGAGAAUCUUUGAUUGUCCAUACUUUGGAAUGUUUGUUGUUUAAAUCAAUAUAAAAGUGCCUUUUAUACAAAACAAUGCAUGUACUUAUGUAAUUGUUACCCGAACACUAAUUAUUUAAUCAUAUGACGAUAAUGUAAACAAAUUGUUAGACUUUUUUCAACGUAGCUCUUUUAAUGUUACAAACCAUCUGCUUCCUAGAUUCUAGAGAACGUUGAAUUUUUAGUAUUCAGUACUGGGUAUAAUUAUGUUGCGUAAGAAUCUUGACCAAAAAUGUGGUGCGAAUGUUCAAUUGGAUUCGAUAGCUGGAAUUUCUGGCGCCGUUGUCUGUGAUUCACGUACGCGAGUGUAUUGGAUGCUAAUCGAAAAGUGCUUCGGCCAUAAUCAGUAUUUUCUGUGAGAUAGUUGAAUGUACCUGUAAAUGUAAUUCACAACUGCUUUAAGUUAAUUAGUGUACUUUAUAAUCGAUGCCAUGUUUUCUUCCUUAGAAUCCAGAUUAAUAUUAAACUUUACAUUAUAAUACGCAAUAAAUAUAACAAUAUUUUCAUGA